AUGAUGGAAAGUCAUAUGCACCUUCAUUCUUUAAUUCCGAAUAUUAAUGGAUUUUAUUUGUCGGCAAAUGAUAUCUGGGAACAAUCAACAAAACAAAUUUACGAAUUUUGUGUUAAUCACAAUUUAAAACUUCUUUGGACGUAUCUAUGGGAACAUUGGUAUCGUAAAGAAAUCUGGAAUAUGUGGGCCCAAAUUUAUCCGUUUAUAUUUUUACCGCCAAAAUCUAAAUUUAUUCAACAAGCACAAUCUUCUAUGCAGUUAAUGCAUUCAGAUGCAGCGCAAUCUUUAAAUGCAGAUAAUACGAUAGAGGUUACUAAUUCAAUUGAUGACAAUGAUACUGAAUCAAUGCAAAUAUUUAAAGAAUAUAAGGCAGUGCUUUCUGAUGCACUCAAAAUUGUACAAGAACAAGAAAACGCUAAUAAUAUUCAAUGGGCACGGUCUGUUCAAGGAAGUUUUAAAGGCAUACAAAAUUUAGUAACGGAUAUUCAAUCUUAUCAACGAAGAAUAACAAACCCACGUACUUGGAAAGAUCAUAACCAACAUACGAUGUUUUUAAAUUCAUAA